UAAAGCUAUAUGUAAAAUAUAAAAAGGAGUAACUACUUAGGUUUCAGAAUAAACUUUCGUGUUUUCUUUCUUGAGAGAAAAUUUCUCUGUCUAUAAUUAGUUUCAGAAGUGCUGUAAUUUAAAGAAAACGAUUAAAAUUUUAACGAAACGUGAGAAUGUUUACUAAUUAGCUAUACAUCUCUUGGGUGAUUAUUUUGCCAGGCAUUCAAAUUGAUGUUUCAUUAUGAUUAUCUUUUUUUUUCCUGAAUGAGCACGUUUUCUUUUGGUCUGCAGAAAUUUCCGUCCUCAACUCCAUUAGUAUCGUAAGUUAAAUCGAUGGUUUGUUCACAAACCCAGCCGAAGUUGAACAUAGGCAUACUCAAGAUAUUACUUCAUUAGUUCAUCUGUGUUUGUCAUUAUGCAGAAGUUUUGUAAUCUUGCCCUUAAAUCACUCAGUCAUUCGUCCACAUCUUCUACCUCCGUUUGCUCACAUCCAGUUUGGGUUCGAAUUCCGCAGACGGUGCCAUAUUUCUCUCCAUUGUCUUUUUUUCCUAACUCAAGACAGCAUAGUGGAAAAUCUAGUAAGGGCGACAGAGACGAAGAGGAUAACGAAGAGUGGGAUGAAGCAUGGGAGUCUGUGUGGAUUCCAGAAAAAACCAAUAAAGUCCCAUGGGAAGAAAAUAAAGAUGUCUGCUCAACCUCUUCUUGGCCUGAUCUGCCUUCUGAAGAGGAGGAUGACCAAUGCGAUGCCAAACAAUUUCUCCACAACGUAAACAAUAAGUUUGAUCAGAUGACAAAUCUAAUGAAACAGAUUACAGAGGAACAACCUAGACCCAAUAUUAUUCUACCGGAGGAGGAGAAAUGGGAUACACAGAAGAAGCAGUUUGUUGAAGAGAAUCCAGAAGACUAUAUGGGAAGUAAGAUUUCUAAGGAUUACCGGAUUACCAAAAUGAAGGUUCAUGCUAGCCUGUGGUUGAAGGAAAUUGAGAAACAAGAGGAAUCCAAGUUGGGUAAUCCCGCUGAUGAUGACAUAGACCAACUAUUGGACGACUGUUCUGAGUUCUUCGAUUAUCAAAAACUCCCAAAUGAUCCCAAUUUUAAAGCAUAUCCAGAAGGUUGGGAAGGAGUUUCUAAAGAUGAAAAGCCAUGGGAGGUCUCUCAGAAGGAGGAGGAUAUCCUCCUCCAAGAAUUUGAACGGCGCAUGGCCUUCAACAAAAUUCAGAUUACCAAUUUUAUCAAAUCCCAUAUAUUCAGUCGAAGAAGACCUAUAGAUGGAUGGAAGCACAUGAUAGAGGUAGUUGGUCCAAAUGCCAAGAAUAAAAAGGGUGGUACCAACAAGUUUGUUAGUGAUGGGCCAACAAAUUUUGAUGAAAAUCAGAAGACAAUCCCUAAAAGGGAGAUUGAUGAACGCCGUCGAUAAAUCAUCAGAAGUUGGGGCACUUGUGUAAAUGUAAAAGUAAAGGGAGAAUCAGUCAAACCAUUGUUUUGACACCUUUCUUUUGUGCUAGAAAAUGAAAAUGACUUAUACAGGGGAAUAGAACACCACCAUUUGUAUUUAUAAUGCUUGUUUCUAAUAGCACAGCUCUUAAAUCCAUAUUAAAAACCUAUUUUACAUCAAAUUUCUCUCUUUUCCCAUCAA